UCAGGUGACUAAAUCAACGAAUCGAGUGAAAAACCUGGGAAGGCGGAUUUUCUAUCAACACACUCCAUGUAAGGUGAUUUGUUCUACACUGCAAUCAAACAAUCAUGCCACCGGAAACGAAGGAAACGAAACCAACCCUGGAUAAGCCUGACGACGAGCAGCGAGUGGAUGUAGCAACGGACGAAAACGACGAAUCCUCCAACGAGGAUGGGCUGGAUCUUGAGAUGCUACCGGCAGAGAUCAGCGAACUAAACGAUCGUCUCGACUCACUAAGCACGGUGCUGGAUUGCAUCGAGCAGCAGAAUGAUGACUUGCGUGCACAGAUCCUGCUGCUGCUGGAUUCCCAGCGCGAGACGCUGAAGUCUUUGAAGGAGGAAAAUGUACGCAUUAAAGGGCGAGACAGUGAAUCCACGGAUGGUGACGAACCGAUGGAGCAGUAUUAGCUAUAUAGGGAUCGAACAGAGGGAAAAGCGAAGAUAGUUCAUUCCAUUCGUUAUUUUCAGUAAAUUUAUUGAUUGUCAAACAUGGAGUGGUAAUAAACUUGUUGCAUGUUAUAAGGUACGCCGUAGGGUGGAACAUUGA